CUUUUAUAAAAUUGCCGAUGCCAUAAAAUUAGACUGUAUUACCUUUGCGACCCAACUGAUGUCGGCGUCUCUCAUUGAUCAAUCCGUGGUCGAAGAGAUCACUCUUACUCCAGGAUUGACUCCACCUUACAAGGCAAAUAUUGUCCUCUUUAAAGUUCAACCUGGACUGAAGAAUUCUAAAGAUCCAGUCAAGUUUUUCAUAGACUUUUGCUCUGUUCUUAAAGACUAUGCUCAUGCAAAAGAGAUUGCAAUUGACAUGAUGCGGGAUGCUAAUUUAAGUUUUCCUGAAGCUCCACCACUUGUAGUUCACCACAACACUGCUCCUACUGUUACUAUUCCUCCUCCAACACACACUCCUAGUGCUCAUGGUACUGCUAUGGCAGGAGCCUCUACCUCUGCUUCAACUGGUAUUGUUGCUGAAGCACCUUCAUAUGAUUUCUCUCAAUAUCAUGAUGUUAAUAGGUAUGGGCAACCAACUAUGAUUGAGUUGCUGAACUGGAUUGUUGCUAAAAAUCCCAGUAUUUGGAAUGAAGUUGGUGGCCAGUUAGGCAUAUCAGAGGGAAGUCUGAAGGCUAUACAGAUGAAUAUUUCAUUUGGAGCAAACCCCAAACUCCUUUUUAAAGAAGUUUUGUCUUUAUGGGAUAGAAGUCGCUCUAGGCCUUAUACCUGGGGGACAAUCUUAGAUGCACUGGCUUCUCCUAUUGUUGAACAUGUUGGACUUGCACAAGAUGUUGCUAGAAAACUGGACAGUAAAUAAUGUAACAGUAGUUGAUACGUAAUGUAAAAGAUUAUGCAUGAUUUAAUUGAAGAUCAUGAAAUUUGAUGUACACAA